UCAUUUGCGCACACCAAGUUCGUCACCGUUUCCUUGGUAACAACACUACGUUCGGCAUUCAUCAUACACGGUAACGAUUAUUCAACAACAUGGACAUCCAGGAACGAAAUGUCCGAGGCUGUGGAGACAACAUCGUAGAAAUGAUUGACAUGGACGAAGAAAACUUUGCUAUUUCCACUUCCUCAGCUGCAGAUGCUGCUUUUGAUGCUGUUGUUGGCUCAAUAGAGGACAUCAUCAUGGAGGAGGAGUUUCAGCAGCUUCAGCAGAACUUCAUGGACAAACACUACCUGGAGUUUGACGACUCUGACGAGAACAAGCUCAGCUACACGUCCAUCUUCAAUGAAUAUGUCGACCUGCUGGAGAAACACCUGGAGCAGCAGCUGCUGGAGAGGAUCCCCACCUUCAACAUGAACUCUUUCAUAGAGCUGCUCAUGCAACACAAAGAGGAGGUGCCAGGGGACAUCUUUGACAUGCUGCUGACCUUUACUGACUUUGCGGCCUUUAAAGAGAUGUUUCUGGAAUACAGAGCGGAGAAGGAGGGCCGAGGGCUGGACCUGAGUCAGGGACUGGUGGUCACAUCUCUGAUCCCCGCAGGAUCCUCUGAGCCGCAGUGACACUCACAGAGAACCAACAUUUGAAUUGCCUCCUCCUCUACAGUAUCUGUUUAUUUAACAUUUUGUCCAUGGGCCUUCAGAGCUUUGCAGUCUAAUGAUGAGCUGCUGGAAACACUCCCCAUAAAUCUACAGUCUGUGCACAAAGGACUCCUAACGGCCAAAUCGUCAAUGCAUUCCUCUGUGUUUUAUGUGGCGAAGGUAUGUGUGUUCAAGACGCUCUCUUUAGUUAAUGAGUGAGAUCUUUCUUUCUACUGUCCAACCACUGCACUGGGCACAAUGACUACUUGAAAUAUGGAAAUGUGUGUACCUGGAAUCUACAGGUUUACGCACCAUUUGAUGUCUUUGCAAGUUCUGCCCAAUAACGGAGAAGGACUCUGGUGCUGCAUUGGACUAAAUGUAUGUUUUUCACGUCUUCUCACUGGUUCUUAUGUGAAUUUAUCAACAAACCCCCCUGUAAGCAGAGGAGACCAUUUGUGUGAAUGUUUAACUCGGCUCUCUUUGCCUGGUAUGGUAUUUUUUGUAAGAAAAUAAUAUAUGUUUUAUGAAGUUUUAAAUUAUUUUGUCAGUUUGAAACUUAUUCGAUUGAGCUUUGCGCCUUUGAAAGUCAGUCUUUAGGUAUUUAGUGACUGUGUGUGUGUGUGAGCAUGUGCGUGUGUCUGCAAUUAGAAAUAAGAUGUAUAGUUUUAAGUACAAUGUCAAAGGUAUUUUCUGAUGUUUCAUUUGUUGGUAAAACGAUAUUUUUAAAUAAACAUUUAAAAGCCUUA